GCUGUUUGCGCCAAUGGGGCGCCGCCUCCCUUUAAAUCGACGGCCCGUGUCAAUCACCACCCCCUCCGGCAGCCUCCCUUCCAUCGCCAUAUUGGGCCAGUGGGGGGGAAAGAGGCUCGUCCUGCCCCCGCCCCUCGCGGCUUCCCCGCCUUGUUUUUCUCCUUCCGACGAGCUUUGACAUCGGGCGCGGCGGGGCAGGAGCCCCCGCUCUCCUCUUCGGGUUCGCGCUUCUUCUUCUGCCUUUGGCGGGUGCGGAGGGAGGGCUGGUCCCGUCCCGGUCCCCGGCUUAUGCGCGGCGCCCUGGGAGCGCCCCCGGGCCGCGGCGAUGUCGACGGCGCGCGUCUCGAGCGGGAGCCCGACGCUGGAGCGGAUGGAGGCGCGGCAGGCGGAGGGGGCGCCCAAGCCCUCGGCCUGCCGGAGCCUCUUCGGCCCCGUGGACCACGCCGAGCUGGCCCGCGAGCUGCGCAGGCACCGCCGAGAGGCCGAGGAGGCCGCCCGCCGCCGCUGGGAGUUUGACUUCCUCCGCGAGCAGCCCCUCCGAGGGCCCGGAGCGCGCUUCGAGUGGCGCGCCCUCCGCAAGGACGCCCUGCCCGACUUCUACAGCCGCCCUCCGCGGCUCUCCCGGCGGUGGGGCAGCGGGGCAGGCCCUGGGGACAGCCCUCCCGCCGCGGGGAAGUGGCGGCCGCAGUGGCGACGGACCCGGGGACUCUCCGCCGAGGAGGAGGACGGGGACGAGGAGGAGGCGACACAGGCGGAUGGAGAAGGCCCGCCCAGUUCGAGGAAGCGGCCCGUCUCGGACGAUUCAUGCCUGCCAAACAAAAGAGCCAACAUGACAGAAGAGGCAAUUUCAGAGGGCUCUCCCAGUGCCAGCUCAGUGGAACAAACGCCCAAGAAAUCAAGCCCAAGGCAUCGUCAAACGUAAAUUGCUCAUGAGAAUAAAGAACAUUUGUUUCCUUGUUCUUUGGAGGCAUUGGGUUCAUGAAGCAAGGAAGAUGCAGAGUUUAUAUAUGAAAGAAAAAAAGUAUCACUGCUUCUCCAUGGAAUGGGGAACUUAUAAAAGCACUGAAAGAAAUCUGUCUUUGAAUAACACUAAAGUCAGGCACUCUUAAAAGAUCUGCCUCUCAAAGCAUUGGAUGUAGCAUUCUGCAAUUAGGUUUUUCCUCAUUUGCUUCAUUGUACUACCUGUGUAUAUAGUUUUUACAUUAUGUAGCACAUAAACCUGUAUCUCCCCCUCUCAUCUUUUUGUUGCUUUGUUUUGGGGAGGGGGUGGAGGUCAUAAAAGGCGAUAGGUUCAACAUUUGUUUCCAAAACCCAGCAGGCGAAGAGUUGCAUGGAGAAUAUGUAUUUCUUAAAAAUGUCUUAUCCCAUUUAAUGGAGUCCAAGAAAAACAACAUGUUAACACUGGCUACAGCAGAUUGAGGUAAUUUGCUGGAGAAUUUUCUAGCAAUCCGUAUUUUUGCUGAAUUCCAUUAAAAUGAAUGAUAUAUGUAGAAAAGCAGAUUCAUUUUAUGGGACCUUAUGCAAGAGGGCGAUUGUGUCCUAAAUGUUUUUGAGGAACUUUGUUUCCAUUAUGUAGCAGCAUAAAGGUCUCCCUACUUGCAACCCUUUACAUGUUCUUUCCUGAUAAUUUUGGUAUCUCUGUUACUUUAGAUAUUUUUUAAAAAAUAAUUUAAAAUCCCUGCUCUGGAUAGAAUGGAGAAGAACAGGAAAACUCUGAACUUCAGCUUCUCUUCAUCUCACUCACUUCUCUGAUGUUCGCGGGUGGGCAAAGAAAGGAAAACUACAUCUUUCAACAGUAUUUUUUUAUAAUGCCUUUUUUUAAAAAAAAAAUAAAAAUUUGAAAUGUACCUGUGUACAUAACUUUGUAAAAACACUGAAAAAUUAUACUAACUUAUUUAUGUUAAAAAGUUUUUUUAAUCUAGAAUAUGUUCUCCCAUAAAGCCAAAGUGGCAUACGGUUUUUGUGCAUUUGUAAAUGCUCUCCUUGGUAGGGGUUUUUAGAUUUUAUUGGGGGGAGGGGUUGUUUUGUAAUUAAUAUGGCUGUGCUUAAAUGAUUGCAGACUGAGCCAAUUUAAUUUUUGUGUGUGAAGACAUUUGCCAAUUGAUAUUGUUCCACAUCAAGCAAUCAAUAAAUAAAUAAAACUGCCAUAUAUAAAUAAAGAAAUAUCUAUCU